CCUCUGAGCACUUCUACUCUGCUCAGCUCCUGUGAAAACUCUGCGUGUGUGUGUGUGUGUGUGAACUCUUCGCGUGUGUGUGUUACGAGGAGUUUUAUGUGUGUGCAUAGGGUUGUGUGUUUUUCUAAGUGGCGCUGGAGUGUAGCUGUUCAUCAGUGGAGCUGACUGCAGACAGGGGAAUACUCAGAUCUCACUGCGCUGCCGUUUAACUUGCACACCGGCUGCCUUUUGGACUUUUUUUUUAAAGUCUCACUGGACUUUUUUGCACCAAAGUGGGACUCUGCAGCUGCUCUCUUUCUGCCCUCCAGGCACCAUUCCCACCACUGGAAUUACUGAAGAUUUUUUUCAGUUUUAGAGGAAUUUCUAUGUACUUCAAACAUAUUUUUAUUCAUCCUUCCAAUUUAUGGAGUUUAAAAUUCACUAUCAGUUGUUUUCACCUGAACUUCUCUGUACAUUCACAUUGAAUUCAGACAUGCUCAAGCCUGAGAAUGGGUGUUUUGCAAGCACAUAGCAAGAGCUCAGUGAGUGUGUGUAGGUGUGUAUGCAGCACUCUCUAUACCAUUAGUGUAUAAUCAAGAGGGAUCUUCUCAUAUGGACGAUUGUUUUCUUUUUUAAUGCAGUGGAGAAACUAUGAGAGGUUGAACAUCAAAAAACAGUACUGUAGCUAUGGAAACGGUCAGUGCUGUCGGAUUCAUUUCAGGCUCAGGUGGAUGCUGAUCCCAACCCGGAAUGUUCUGAACUCUUUUGGAAUUUGGUUGCCCUGGAAACGGAUGGACAGGCCUCUAUUCCCAUGUCUGACGUUUUUGUCCCGUUUUGGAUGUGAGAGGUGAACUUGGUCGCCCUUCCCGGGAGGAGCAGUGGAUCUAACUCUGAAGAAACAAGGAGGACGUCAUAAAGAUUACACUGAAUAUUAAGAACUUAAAAGGAAGACUGAAGCCCUGCUAAAGCAAACAGCAAGAGAAUCUGUUUAGGGCUUGUGAGGCUGAUCCUGAGUCCUUGCCAAAAGAACUAAACUCAAAACAAAUCAGUCCAAAGACGAGUGGACUAUCUAUUUGGUAUUGCUCUGAAUCAGAACUAAAACAGGACAUUAACAAAACCAGUACAAAGUAAGACAAAUAUUGGGCAUUUAUGGUAAGUGGACUCUGAGGCAAAAAUAGGCCAAAAUCCAGCUAAAAACCACAGUAAAUUAAUUUCAUUGACUCAGAUUUUCAGUCAAAAGAAAAUUCUAAUCUCACCAAGAUGAUGACCAUGAUGAUGAUGAUGGUGGCCAUGAUGGUCACCUGCAGCUCUCUGCUUCUGCUGGGUCUAGCCGCUGCCCAUGCUUCCUCCAGCACCAUGACCCGCACUUCCUCUUCAUCUUCACAGUCCUCUUCCUCCUCCUCAUCCUCACCACGCAUGAAGCUCUCAUAUAAAGAACUGCAGCAGUUCCAUGGAGUGCGUCGAUUUGAACUGGAGCGCUCCUGCUGCUUCAGUGCCCUGCUGUUGGAUGAAGAAAGAGGCCGUCUAUUUGUCGGGGCCAAGAACUUCCUGCUGUCUCUCUCAUUGGACAACAUCGCCAAGCAGGAACAUAAGAUCUACUGGCCUGCCCCGGUCGACUGGAGGGAGGAGUGUAACUGGGCUGGCAAGGAUAUCACGUCUGACUGCGUGAACUAUGUGAAGAUCGUGCACCACUAUAACCGCACCCACCUGUACGCCUGUGGAACUGGGGCCUUCCACCCUACCUGUGCCUUUGUGGAGGUGGGACACAGGAUGGAGGACCAUGUGUUCAGGAUUGACCCCUCUAAGGUGGAGGAUGGGAAAGGAAAGAGUCCCUAUGAUCCUCGCCACAAUGCUGCCUCUGUGCUCGUUGGUGAUGAGCUAUAUGCAGGUGUGGCCACAGACUUAAUGGGACGUGACUUCACCAUCUUCAGAAGCCUUGGGAAACGCCCCUCCAUCCGCACUGAACAGCAUGACUCACGCUGGCUCAAUGAACCAAAGUUUGUUGGUUCCUUUUGGGUCCCUGAGAGUGAAAACCCUGAUGAUGACAAGAUAUUUUUCUUCUUCCGUGAGACGGCAGUUGAGGCCCAGGGGCUUGGAAAGUCCACUUACUCCCGCAUUGGACAACUCUGUAGGAAUGAUAUGGGCGGUCAGCGGAGCCUGGUGAACAAGUGGACGACAUUCCUUAAGACCCGGCUGAUCUGCUCGGUACCAGGAGCUGAUGGCAGCGACACUUACUUUGACGAGCUGCGCGAUGUGUUCCUGCUGCAGACGAGGGACAGAAAGAAUCCCCUGGUCUACACUGUCUUCUCUACUUCCAGCAGUGUAUUUAAAGGCUCAGCUGUGUGUCUCUACUCCAUGAAUGACAUCCGGAGGGCUUUCCUGGGACCAUUCGCUCACAAAGAGGGGCCCAACUACCAGUGGGUCCCCUUCCAGGGAAAAGUUCCCUAUCCCCGCCCAGGAAUGUGUCCCAGCAAGACAUUUGGCAGCUUUGAGUCCACUAAGGGAUUCCCAGAUGAUGUGAUCCAGUUUGCACGUCACCACCCUCUGAUGUAUAAUCCGGUCUAUCCUAUGAGCCGAAGGCCCGUUUUCGUCAGAACUAACGUGGACUACAGCUUCACACAGAUCGCUGUGGACAGAGUCAGUGCUGCUGACGGACAAUAUGAUGUCAUGUUUAUUGGCACAGACAAAGGGACAAUACUAAAGGUCAUCAAUGUCCCCAAGGAGAGCUGGAACAAUAUGGAGGAACUUCUACUGGAAGAACUGGAGGUCUUCAAAGAUGCGUCAUCUAUCAUCAACAUGCAGAUCUCCUCAAAACGGCAACAGCUGUAUGUUGGCUCUGACACAGGCAUUGCCCAGGUUCCCCUUCACCGCUGCAGUGUGUAUGGGAAAGCCUGUGCUGAGUGCUGCCUGGCCAGGGACCCGUACUGCGCCUGGGAUGGAACAUCCUGUACUCGCUACCUUCCAAACACCAAGAGACGUUUCCGUCGCCAGGAUGUGAGGAAUGGAGACCCCAACACUCUCUGCUCUGGAGACCACCAUAAGCACCGCGUGGCAGAGAGGAAGCUGUAUGGCGUUGAGGGAAGCAGUACUUUCUUGGAGUGUAUCCCCAAAUCCCUCCAGGCCAGGGUCACCUGGACCUUUCAGAAACAUCCACAGAACCCGCGAGAAGAGGUGCGUCUAGAUGACCGUGUCCUCCAGACAGACAGGGGCCUUCUGAUUCGCCGUGUCUUGAAGAGAGAUAUCGGCAUCUACCAGUGCCACGCUAUGGAACACGGCUUCACUCAGACAUUACUAGGCAUCACCUUGGAAGUUGUGCCCUCGACGUCCUCCUCAGUCUCCAACCUACCCUCUGAUGCCCCUGUCCGAUUAGAUCCCCGCAGCGGAGGUGGACCCCCAGUGACCAAUCAAAAGCUUUGGUACCGGGACUUCAUGCAGCUGGUGGACCACCCUAACCUGAGCACUGUUGACCAGAUAUGUGAGCAAGUUUGGGCACGCAAGAACGCCGGCAGUGACCAGGCGGAUAAGGUCUUUCCUGCUCCUGCGAAGGACGUCCCGCCUCUGGGCCCUGUUGUCCGCCCAGCUAACAAGAAAUGGAAGCAUCUUCAGGAGAUAAGGAAGGGGAGAAACCGCCGGACCCACGAUGGGAAACCGAACCCUCGGGCACCACGCAGCGCAGGGGAGUAACAGCAUAGAGAAAGAGAUGGAGGGAGAAAGGAAUGACUGAUACAGUGAGAGAGGAGGAGAGUGGCAUAAAGAAACUGAGAAACCAAGAACUCCUGGAGGUGGUUACACACAUACAGAUAUGACAUGCACAUGCACACGCACAUGCACACACAUGUGCACAUGUUCACUUACACAACACAUACCACAAACACACACACACACAUAAACACAUGGCACCUCCUCUAUUGUGUAUAUUUAUCUAUGGAUGCCCCCAGUAUAUGGUAAUCCUAAUCCCUGAGUCCUCGUUCCACUGGCCAGCCCCUGCAUGUGCUGCCUUAAUGCCCAAAUUGAUUCUGCACGAUCCCUUUACACUGUUCACUAGCAUAGAUUGAGUGUUGAAGCAGGUACGUGGGAGUAAACCCACAAUUAUCUGUGGGCAACUCACCUGUCAUUCCCUUUGCCACUGACUGUAUAUGGAAGAUGGGUUCACAGCACAGGAUGAAGACAUCUUAAAAGUUUGUCUCUACAUGCCAGCUACACAUUAUAUGUGGAGAGCCGGUCACAGUAUGAACACCCACUCCUCUGGGCUACACCACUUGGAGCAAAAACUUUCAGAUGAAGUGUCUUCAUGGCUUUUCCUGCCUGAAGAUUUAAUGCCAAUGUAGAAAAAUGGUGGACUUGAGUGUGAUGCAUAAUGGGAAAGAAUGUAGAAACUGGAAAAUACUACAAAGUAAUGGUCUCUAACUGGAAACACACUUAACUAUCUAUGUGCAAUUGCACCAGCAUGCAGACAGAUAAACACUUUUUAAAACAUUAUUUCUACAGAUGAAUCGAUCAACUUCCUAUGGUGCUCUUCGUGCACAUAUUUCCAUCAACCUCACUUUUCACUUGGUCUUGUGUGCAUACUACAUAAUACAUACAUCACAGAUGAGGCAGAGAUGCCGGCUGUGUGGGGCAGCCUGUGGAAUAGAUCAGUAUGGUGCAGAACUGGUUAUAUUAUAUAGUAGGUUUCUUAGUGGUUUCCUUAGGCACAUUGAGGCAUGUUGCAGCAAAAUAAAUCACACAAUACAAUGCAGUUAUGGUUAAAGAGAAGUCAUAUCUGGCCAGAUAUGAUUAUAUUGCUUUACUGGUCCAAACCACUAGAGAAUGAGGGGUGGAAAAACUACUGCAUUCCAUGAUGUGAGAGAAAGACAAGAUGUUUACAGUACACAGACAAAGCUGAAGCACCAAGAAGUCAAGUUCUAAAGGCAAAUCAAACAAGUUUUAAUUGCGUAACAUACAUAAAUAUAGUUAGUACUGAAACUGCAUAUAAAAUAAGAGUUUUGGCAUGAACCAAAACCUAUACAAUUCACUAUUUAUUGGUUUUCUUUGACUGUGUUCAAUGUUUUGUGCAUUAACAUCAAGGAAAAAUCAUGAACACAGUGGUUCGGGUUGGGAGGCAUUACUGCAAUGAGGAGGAGGAGGAAAGAUCUUAGUGGACUCCAAGUAUGACAACCCAUGUUUCUGGGCUACAGUACAGUAUAUAUAUUAGCAUGAUAUUUAUGAGUGAAACUAUGAUUUUUUUUUCCUUUGUAUUCUAAAUGGUACUUCUACUCCUUGCUCUUUUACACUGUUCUUGCAUAUGUUGUUUGUGAUAAAUACAUAUAUGCAAAUAUUAAUGACAGUCACUGACUCCUCAUUCAGCACAGUAAAAUGUACAGAAAGCUGUUCAUCUGUGCUACCCACAAUGCAUUUCACUGUUGGCAAAAAAAAAGAAAAGAAAAAAGAACUUUCAUCUGACUUCAUACACUGUUGUGGUCACAUUUCAAUGUAGUGUUACGGUCAUUAAUAAUUAACUUUUGCUGCUUAACGAUGUCAUCUCUUCCUAAUGGACAAUUAGUGUAAUAAGGUCUUCCUUCUCUCUGUCUUUAGUCCAAUUUCUCGUAUUAUCUGUAAAGAAACCUCGUUUGUUGGUUGUCUGUGCUAACAUGGUGUGUGUAGCCUGUCCCCUAGUGUCCAUUGUGUGUAUAGGCUCAGAAGAAGAGCCUACCUGUGGUACCAUAUUUUAUUAUAUCAUAGUCUGUCGACAAGAAAGAAAGCAACUGGCCUUGUAAGAUAAAACAUGCAUUCCUACAUUCAUCAAAUCUCAUUAUGAUUUUUAUGAUGGAUAUAUGGUCUAAUUUGUGCUGCUACCACAAGUUUUUCAAAAGCAUGAAUGGCUUUAAAAGAUUCCCGGUAUCUUCAGACAAUAAUGUAUUUUUGUAAUAGUAUUAAUACUUCUACAUUUGGCUUUGGUAUUAAUUCACACAAAGAAAUGUGUGCCCAAAUGGCCCUUGGAUCAAACCUGAGGUACUUUAGGAAACCAAGUAAUAGCAGGUGAUAACAGGAGGCAGCACAAACUAGGUCAGUGAGUGGAUUUUAGGUGUAUGGAAUCAUUGUCAUUGUUAUUUAUAUACCUUCUUUAUAGAGAUGUAAUUAACUCUUUGAACCGAACUGAACUGACUGACGCCUGUAAAAGGGACACUCUGCAUUUUGACACCACACCCAGGAACAGAGGAUUCAAUGCAAAAAAAGGCAUUAAAAAAUUGAAUGUGUGUUCAAUUGUGGGAAGAUGUUGUUGGUACAUGCAUGCGCCAUUACCUGCAUUUAAACCACAGAAAUAUUGAGUUUAGGCUACUAAUUCUCUAAAUGGACAUUAAGGUUAUUAGUUGUGUACUUCUUUGUCCUUUAAUAAAACAUUAUUUACAUUGGUAGUGAUGUCAGACUUGAUCGAGUCUCCCUUUUAAGCCAGCUGUUGUUUUGUGCUCUUUUGAAAUUGCAUGACCAAUGUUAGUGGCUAAUGCAUUUGACAAUGGUGUGGUGGACCGAAAGAGCGAGAGAAAGAAAGCACAAUUUUGAAUAUUAUUAUUAUUCCUAUGUAUUUAUGUGCAAAGAUAAGCUGAUAUGUUGUGGUGGAUUUUUAUUUUUCUUAUAAAUGUAGAUUUACAUCUGUAUCGUUCAUGUUCUGCUGAAAAAGGACUCAUCCUCAACCAUUUUUGUACAUUACGGCCAAUGGGGAAAUUUUUCCUGACCACGGUGUCUAAUUAGAGUCUUUGUAGAUCACACAGCCCUCCAAUCAACACUCCUGUUGUAAUUCAUGCCAUGUGACGCACCCCUGUAUGACAAGGAGAGGCUUGUGUAUGUGUGUGUGAGUGAGAGAGAAAUGUGUGCUUGUGGUUUAUGUGUGCGUGUGAGAGAUAGUUUUGGGGGAAAGCAGAGCUCUGUAUAUAAUGGCAAAGAAACAGUGGUGUGCAUGUGCAGAGUGGUCUGAUGGUGAAAGUUCAAAGGUCGAAGGCCAAAGUUAACAUGGUGCACUGUAAUACUCCCAGAGGUCUUUGUGAAAUGUCAUGUCAGAUUGUUUUUGAUUAACACAAUAAAAAUAUGCAGUUACUUUAAAUGAAAA